AUGGUGGACUUCAUUAUCUGGGCCGUGGCUAGCCUCUUCCGCUGGAUGCGGUUGAAGAUCUACCAGUAUGAGGUGACCUUCUCCCUCUACAUGCUUACUCCGAUCGAGAAGCUCAUCUUCAACACGCUGCUCCUUGGCCUCAUUGCCAUGAUCGCCAUGGGCACUUACAUUUACCUUCCCGACCACCUUCUCGCCAUUUACGGGCGCCUUUACUACUACUGGGCCGGCGAGCGCCUGUUCAGCUCUGGUCGGUUGUCAAUCAGUUCGGUCUUUGGCGAAAAUGGCGUGGCCACGCAAAUCGGGGAUUUGAUGUACGAGACGGCAAAGAACGCCGCUGCCACCUCGACCGAGCGCUUGGCUGACCUGUGA